GUGACCAGUAGGACCAGAACGACUACCACAUGAUCGUCCUGAGGCCCUGGGCUCCCCGACCAUUAUGGGCUGCUGCCUGCGACAGCUGCAGCUGUUCUCCACCUGCAUGGCCUUCUCGCUGGGGGCCAGCGUGGGCACCUGGAAGGGGGCCAUAGGUAACUGGUCCAUGUUCAUCUGGUGCUUCUGCUUCGUCCUGACCCUCCUCAUCCUCAUAGUUGAGUUAUGCGGGCUGGAGGGCCACUUCCCCUUCUCCUGGGACAACUUUCUCACCACCUGCAACUGCUACUCCGCCCUCCUCUGCCUCUCGGCCUCCAUCAUCUACCCCGUCAUCUACAUUCAGUUCUUGUCCAACAGCCAUGACUGGGACCGCCCCAUCAUCUCCACUGCAUUCUCCUGCAUCGCCUUUGUGGCUUAUGCCAUGGACGUGACCUGGACUAGGGCCCAGCCCAACAUGAUCACAGGCUAUAUGGCCACCGUGCCAGGCCUGCUUAAGGGGCUGGAGACCAUCGUGGCCUGUGUCAUCUUUGUCUUCCUCAGCAACACCUCCCUGUACCUGCACCAGCCGGCCCUGGAGUGGUGCGUGGCCGUGUACUCCAUCUGCUUCGUCUUGUCAUCCGUGGCCAUCCUGGUGAACCUGGGCAAAUGCGACAACAGGCUGCCCAUCCCCUUCUCCAUUUUCCAGGUUGUGCUGACCCUGCUCUCCGUCCUCCUCUACACCACUGCUCUGCUCCUCUGGCCGCUCUACCAGUUCAACGAGGAGUUGGGCAGGCCGCUCCAGCGGUCCAGUGACGUGAACUGCAGCAGUGGAGUCCCCACCUCUGUGUGCAUCUGGGACCAACAACUGGCUGUGGUUAGUUUGACAGCCAUCAACCUGCUGAUUUAUGUGACUGACCUGGUGUUCUCUGCCCACCUGAAUUUUAACAGAGGCUGA